AUCCACUCACCUCCUGAGGUGCUAAAGAACCCUGUGCUGCCUGUGACUCUGCUCCUGAACACCCACCACCGAGAUGUCCUGCCAGCAGAGCCAGCAGCAGUGCCAGCCCCCUCCCAAGUGCACUCCCAAGUGCCCCGCCCCUAAAUGUCCCCCUAAAUGCCCUCCAGUCUCUUCCUGCUGCAGUGUCAGCUCCGGAGGCUGCUGUGCCUCCAGCUCUGGGGGCGGCUGUGGCUCCAGCUCUAGGGGCUGCUGCAGCUCUGGGGGAGGUGGCUGCUGCCUGAGCCACCACAGGCGCCGCAGGUCCCACCGUCACAGACCCCAGAGCUCUGACUGCUGCAGCCAGCCCUCGGGGGGCUCCAGCUGCUGCGGAGGGGGCAGCGGCCAGCACUCUGGAGGCUGCUGCUGAAGUGGACCUUGACUUCCUCUUCCUUCUGAUUCUGCCUGAAUAGCUGAGAGGUUCCAGCAAAAGUUUGAAGUCUUGCCUGGAGAAUCCCUCUGCUCUGGUGUCAGGAAACCCCAAAUCUUUCUCCUUAAUGGCAUUUAGAGACUUUCUUCUGCAGAUCCAUGGCUGCCCUGGGAACUCCAAAGCACACACCU